AUGGCCCAGCGAUCUCUCGACGACCCCAGGCGCCACGUCCAGGUGCUCCCCGAGCGCGUUGGCGCGGUGACUGCCAACGAGUUUCCGCACCACUACCCCGGAGAGGACCACUCGUGGAACCUCGCGACGUUCAAGAAGAACCUCAUCGUGUCGGUGCAGCGGCUGACGCCGUCGGCGAUCGAGUUCGACCUCGUGGGCGUCGACGCGCCCAUUGCGAAUGCGCUGCGCCGUAUUAUGAUCGCCGAGGUGCCUACCGUCGCCAUCGAGGACGUGUACGUGUGGAACAACACGAGCAUCAUGCAGGACGAGGUGUUGGCGCACCGCAUCGGCCUUGUGCCGCUCAAGAUCGACCCGCACACCAUGGAUUUUAAGCCGGGAAACUACUCGGCACCGAUGGAGAAUGACACGCACGUCUUCGAUAUCCGCGUCAAGUGCGACCGCCGGCGCGACGCCGCGCCCGGCGAGACGGACCCUAAGAAGCUUUACUACGACUCGAACGUGUACACGGGCAUGAUGAAGUGGGUGCCCAGCGGCGGGCAGAGCAACCGGUACAGGAACGACCCCCCGCGGCCGGUGCACGAGGACAUCCUCCUCGUCAAGCUGCGUCCCGGGCAGAUGGUCGACCUGCACUGCUUCGCGCGCAAGGGACGCGGCGCCGACCACGCGAAGUUCUCCCCGGUCGCAACCGCGUCGUACCGCCUCCUCCCCCACAUCAUGCUCCGCGGCCCCAUUCCCCGGGAACACCAGGAGAAGUUCAAGAACUGCUUCCCGGAGGGUGUGAUUGAGAUCGAGAAGGACGCGGCAGGCGAGCCGCAGGUGGUCGUCAAGAACCCGCGCAAGGACACGGUGUCGCGCGAGGUGCUGCGCCACAGCGAAUUCGAGGGGUUGGUGGAGCUGGCCCGUAUCCGUGACCACUUCCUGUUCAACGUUGAGAGCGCAGGACAGUACCCGCCAGAGCAGCUGGUGCCGGAGGCGAUCAAGAUCAUGCUUGACAAGAUUACGGCGGUCGAGAAGGGGCUCGACAAGCUCUUCAGCGAGGGGGCAGACGCAUAGAGUGUUAGCAUAGCCAUGUAUACGUACUAUUUCCGCUUGGUGGCC